AUGCAGACCGACCUUCCUGUGUUGCUGCUGGGAAGGUCAUCGGACCUUCGGGCUGGAGAGUUCGUGGUGGCGUUGGGCAGCCCGUUUUCUCUGCAGAACACAGUCACGGCUGGGAUUGUGAGCACGACCCAGAGAGGGGGUAAAGAGCUGGGGCUGAAGGAUUCAGACAUGGAUUAUAUCCAGACGGAUGCCAUAAUCAACCAUGGGAAUUCCGGAGGACCUCUGGUGAACUUGGAUGGUGAUGUGAUUGGCAUAAAUACAUUGAAAGUGACGGCAGGAAUCUCUUUCGCAAUUCCCUCAGAUCGAAUUCGACAGUUCUUGGCAGAUUUCCAUGAGCGCCAGUUGAAAGGAAAGGUUCUUUCACAGAAGAAAUACCUGGGUCUGAGAAUGUUGCCCCUCUCUAUGAAGUAAGCACGUAUUUGAGUCUGGGUUGUGUUUUAGAAGCCACAGCUGGGCAGUCUUAACAGGCAGCUAAAG